AAAUGAAUUUUAAACCCCAAUUUAAACAUUAGUAAAAUACUAUAGAAACAACACAAAGAUGCACUAAACACUCAACGACAGACUGUAGCAAAUGACUCCCUAUCAGUUAAUUUGCAUAAUUACAGGCGAAACAUCCAGUUACUACGUCAUAUCAAAUAUUCUGCAUAUUCACACAAAUCAAAGUUUACGUCAUGUUCAACAGUUUUUCGUAUUUCGUCACACUUUUUAUCAGAUAUCGCCAUCUAUCGAGAAUACCAAUUAACGCUCUGAUUCGAGAUUACCGGACGACAUGUUGGAACCUAAGGUAACAGUAACCAAAAUGGUUAACUAUUAACCAUAUAACACGUGAUUUUAUAGCUGCAAGUAUCACGUCUGGAGACGUGUUACCACUGGAAUCCCUUACCUUGAGAGUGCACCCCCAAUGAGUUUACUGAUUGUUGACAAUAUCGUAAUUCGAGAAAAUGAAGACAAAAGAAGAGUUAGAAACAAAACAUUCGGACUUUACGAUUGAACGUAACGAAGAAAAAUUGGAAGUUGAUUUAAAUAAUUUCAAGAAAGAAUUUAAUACAGAUGUGAAGUGUUAUAAAACAAUUCAAUCAGAACCAUUAGAGAUAACUAUUAAAGAAAAACCAAUUUCCGGGAACAACACAAACGGGUUAACUAGUUGGAGUCAUUCUGGUUAUAAAAUCGAAAGAGAUAUCCAGGAAGAAGAAGUAAAGAAAAAUUGUGAUGUAAAACAUGGUAUAAAAUCAGAAUGUAAAGUUGUUUUGGAAAAAUUGAAUAUUGAAAUAAAGACUGAAGAUUGUAAAGAAGCUGUUUUUCCAGAUGAUAAUAAACAGGUGAUGCCUGUCAACAAUGAAUUCUUCACGCCCGUCGAAAAUUUUAACAGGAAUGAAAUGAACAUCCAAAUUAAGGAGGAAGAGCAAAUUGAGGAACACGAUAUUCAGCCCAAUUCAGAAAAACAAAAACAUUUGAAAUAUAAUAUCAAAACAAGCAAAUACGUUCCUUCGAGUAGAAAAUGCAAUAAAAUUUAUGAUAAGAUUAAAAGGAAAUACUUCAGCAUUAUGUUUGCAUCUCAUUCUAAAGAAAAAGUUUCGUGUAAUUUAUGUAAACAGACGUUUACAAAUAACAGAAUAUUAGAAACACAUCUGUUCUGUCAUAUUGGUAAUAAACCAUUUCGUUGCACAACCUGCAAUAAGAAGUUUUUGUGGCAUUUUCUUUUGCGAAGACACGUGAAAGAACACAAAACCGGAAAUCAAAACGAAAUCUCUCAUAGGAAUUUACGUUUGCAGCCAUCUGGGGAUGGAGUGAAGUCAUCUCCAAAAAAUGGUAAAGUUCAUGUCUGCAAGAUAUGUGGAAAAGAAUUUAAUUGGAAAGCUAAUUUGUUACGUCAUAAAUCAACGCAUAGUGAAGAUCGUCCUUUCAAAUGCGGUAUUUGUAAUAAGGGUUUCAAGUGGAAAGAGAAAGUAAAUACGCAUCAAAAAAUUCAUAGUGAAGAACGACCUUUUAAAUGUGAUAUUUGCAAUAAGAGUGUUAAAUGGAGAGGCAGUUUAAAAAGGCAUUACGAAACUCAUAGUGACGAACUUAAGUAUGCUUGUCAGGUAUGUAAUAAACGUUUUAAAUUAAAAGAUACUUUAAACAAUCAUAAAAUAAUUCAUAAUGAUAAAUUCAACCAUAUUUGUCAUAUAUGUAACAAAAGUUUUAAACGCAAUUGUGAAUUAAAAAAUCACAUUAAUAAUAUACACAAAGCUGAACAGAAAUAUUCUUGUGAUAUAUGUAACAAAUCUUUUAAACAAAAAAGCUAUUUGCCACAGCAUAAACUUAUUCAUAGUAAUAACCUGUAUUGCGAUAUUUGUGGUAAGCGCGUUCCAUUUGGUAACGGCCGUUUAGAAAUACACAAGAGAAUACACAAAAUGCAUGCCUGUAAGAUAUGUGGUAAAGAAUUUAAGACGAAUUGUAGGUUGUUAUUUCAUGAAGCAACGCAUAGUAAAGACCGUCCUUUCAAAUGCGAUAUUUGUAAUAAGACUUUCAAAUUGAAACGCGAAGUAAAAAGGCAUCAGAAAACUCACACUGAUGAAAGUAACUAUGUUUGUGAGGUAUGUAACAAACGUUUUAAAAGAAAAAUCUAUUUGGAACAUCAUAAAUUAAUUCAUAAUGAUGAAUUUAAUCAUACUUGUCAGGUAUGUAAUAAAAGUUUUAAACGCAGUAUUAGUUUAAAACGGCAUACUUAUGUACACAUCAAUGAAUACGAAUAUUCUUGUGACAUAUGUAACAAACGUUUUAAAACAAAACAGUAUUUGUCACUUCAUAAAGUCGUUCAUAGUAAUGAAUUUGAUUAUACUUGUCAGAUAUGUAAUAAAAGUUUUAAACGCAGUAUUACUUUAAAACAGCAUAUGUGUAAAUUCAAAUAUUCUUGUGAUACGUGUAACAAAUAUUUUAAGACAAAAUAUUCUUUGGAAGAGCAUAAAAUUAUUCAUAGCGAUAAAAAAUGCUAUGUUUGUGACAUAUGUGGAAAAGGUUAUACCAGAAGAAGUGCCUUAGCCAGACAUUGUCGCAGUAAACAUGAAAAUAUGUUUAAUAAAAAUUAAAGUAUUGUGUAUGUUAUUUCUGAAGAGAGAUGUGAAGACUUUUAAUUAACCCUUAUUGGCAAAUAUUGUAUAAUUCUUGGAAAUAAUCUCAGGAUAAAAGUGAUUUAAUCUAUUGAUUACAAUCUGACUAUGUCAGUAAUGUUUAAUGAAAUGUAUUAAUAAUAAUAAAAUGUUAUAAUAAAUAC